AGAGAAGAAUAGGAAGAAGCAUCUGAAGGAGAAAGAAGAGAGGAAGAAGAAGCAUCUGAAGAUGAAAGAGGAGAAGAGGAAGAAGCAUCUGAAGAUGAAAGAGAAGAAGAGGAAGAAGCUUCUGAAGGAGAAAGAAAAGAGGAAGAAGAAACAUCUGAAGAUGAAAGAGGAGAAGAGAAAGAAGCAUUUGAAGAUGAAAGAGAAGAAGAGGAAGAAGCUUCUGAAGGGGAAAGAAGAAAAGAAGAAGAAGCCUCUGAAGAUAAAAGAGGAGAUGGAGGAUGACCAAAAGAAAGAGAACAAAGAGAACAAAAAACAGGCGAAGGAAAACAUCUUCUUACAGAAGCUAUUACGAAAAAUUAUUUUGGAGAUCUUCAACUAAGAAACAAUAAAACACUAGACAAUGUUUAUUGUGCACUAGUGAUGUCGUGCACAAAUUCUACGAACUAUGAGUUUUUUUUAAACAAAUCUUAGGCAAAGGUUAUACUAGAUUAUA